AUGUAUAAAGAUGUGAAGAUUUACUAAUUUAUUUAUCAGAUCAUAAAUAAUGCAAAUAAGGUUUUUAAGGACGCACUGUAAAUAUAAUUGCAAGGGUUGUAUUAAUCAGAUGGAUGA